AUGGCGCGUAUUGACUUUGAGUCAGGCUACGUAGAAAUGCCAAAGGACUUGUACCAAGCGCACCUGAGACCUGGCGUCAUCUUCAGGAUCCACAUGUCUGAAGCUGUCCUCAAAAUGCAGUACCGAAAUUACGGAGAAGACAAGGACGAGUCAGUGAUUGAAGCGGACGUGGAGUACCUCCGACUGACGAGGAAGGUCAUCAACGAUGAGAUCACCAAGUUUGAGGACCUGCAGUGGCUGAUCGGGUGGUUCCAUAACAGAACCGAUCUGAUACAGGAGCACAUGUGUAAUACUAGGUAUUUUACUGUGGGAACUCCCCCAACGAUGUUCACGCACUCCGAAGAGUAUAUGAAGCGACUCUGCCUGUUCGACGGCAUCUACAUAGACCAUAUACCGUACGUUGUGGGCGAGGAUAGCUCUCUGAUGGCGGCUGUCGCACCUCCCGUGUUGCACUGUGACGCCGCUACCUGCACUUCUGUGCCUUUUAUUGAUAGCGUGAUGUUCGACGAGCGUCUAGCGCGAACGAAUGUGCGCACGUUGACGCGUUGUCAAGCGUCUUGCCGCGCUCACUGCCGCAACGAUCCGGACUGUCUGAAGCGGUGUUCUGAUAGGUGUCUGCGAGCUGAUUAGACUUCAGACCAGUUGAAGUUAUAAGAAAUAUAAAUAAACGUAUUGAUUAAAGUA